CGGAACCAUUCAUUGCUGGGCUACUGCACCUAGACGGACAUGUUUCUCUGAGACACUUGUUCAGAGACGCAGCGUUUGAAAUGGCUGUUACCCUUCAGACAGAUCUGGGAGAAAUUAAAAUAGAAUUGUUUUGUGAGCGGGCACCGAGAACAUGUGAGAACUUUCUUGCGUUGUGUGGCAGUGGGUUCUACAACGGCUGUGUCUUCCACCGCAAUAUUAAAGGUUUCAUGGUUCAAACUGGAGAUCCUACAGGCACAGGCAAAGGAGGAACAAGUAUAUGGGGUCGCAAAUAUGAGGAUGAGUACAGUGAACAUCUAAAACAUAAUGUGAGAGGAGUGGUCUCAAUGGCGAACAAUGGCCCCAACACAAAUGGCUCCCAGUUUUUCUUCACAUACGCCAAACAGCCCCAUCUGGACAUGAAGUACACAGUGUUUGGAAAGAUUAUCGAUGGCCUGGAAACACUGGAUGAACUGGAGAAACUGCCUGUCAAUGAAAAGACGUUCCGACCACUGACUGAAACCCGGAUAAAGGAUGUGACGAUUCAUGCCAACCCUUUUGCUGGAUAGACCGUUAUCUCUUCAAAUACGCAGAUCGGCCUUUAACACAAACUUGGCCUCUGAUAUGCCCAAGCCUAUUGAUACAGUGUAUAGUACCUUGCCAAAGUUAAAAUUAAUAACUUGUCUGAAGCUAGAAAUUAUAGGGAAAGUUCCAAGACAUCGACAAUGAACUGGACACUGAAUCUUGCGGGGCAGCGCAGCAGGCUAACAUGUUCUUCUGUCUGUCUGUCCCCAUCUACCCCCUUUCAGUUCCCAGGACAGUGCCACUGCCGCACUACUGUACACACAUGCAUCUCUACACAUAAACAGCGAUAUCUGUCUGAGAAUAACUAUAAUGAUGUUGAAUAUGAAUAAUGUUGUAGGAUUAUUCCUUAUUCCAUGGGCUCAUUUGGGAUAUAUACAUGAUUAAUAGAUAUGUUAAAAAAAAAAAUUAAGCAUUCGAAUACUGAUUUGGAGUUCGAUUACCACGACAAAGAUCGAAGGUUUGAAGCAUUCGGGUCAGCUCUGUCUUACCAAAAUUACAUUUUUAUACCAGCAUUUUCUAAUAAGUAUGACCCAGAAUUGAAAUGACAUUUGGCAUGGCAUUUUAAUAUGUUAACACCUUAGUCACUGUCCACGGAGUAGUGCCAGAUUUUGUAUCUUGAAGCAAAUUCAGGGGUAUACUCUCUCCAGUUUCUAGCCAGGUGUGAUUAUUAUUUUUUAAGAAAUGGUGUGCAUCCCCUUCAGACCCAUCUUGAUGUGAAAAAGCCUUUGUAAUGAGUAAUUACAGGCUAUUCUACUUAUCUUCAUUCAUUCACAAUUCAGUCCAAAAAGAAAACACACUCAACUCUGUACAGCUCUGCCUUACAGAUUCUGAUCCUUUUUUUCCCUGACAGGCUAUGUAAAUAAAUUGUCAAUGUUUUGUACCAAAUAAAACUGUUGCUUCAAAACA